AUGGAGCUGAUGUAUAGGGCCGUUCUGUUUUGUCUGUGCCUCAAAGUGUCCAUCUGUAGUGAGACCUACAAGGCGGCCGUGGUGACAGGCAACUUCGCGAAUGGGCUGGGCAGCUUCCUCCCGCAGAUCGGUGGAGCCACGAAGCAGGAAGCGGACAUUGUUCUAUUGUCCACGGACGUCCCAGCUUCGGAGUUUUGCUCAGACGCGGUAUGCAGGCCGGAAAACUACGACGAGCUAGUAAGGGAGAUAUCUUCGGCGGCUAAGAAAUACAAUGUGUACAUCGUGACACAUCUGUGCGAGAGAGUACGAUGCGAUGGCGGUGACGAGGUCGUCAGAAGCAACUUAGUAUUCGACAGGAGGGGGGGUGUCGUUACGGCUUAUAAGAAACCGCUCAACAACCAGGCUGUUUGCAACACUACUACUAGUGAGACAGUGACCUUCGCUACCGACUUUGGAGUAGACUUCGUGCUUUUGAUGGGCGAUGACGUCAUACUGCAGGAUCUCGCAGCCUUGAGAAAUGUGAAGAACCUCAUCGUCACUGGCGGAUCUAAAUCGGAUAUGGCGUAUUUAAGAGCGAACCAGUUGAUCCAGUCGUUGGCUUACGUCACUAGCGCCAACGUGAUAUCGGACAGCGGGGUGUUUGCAGGCGAGGCUGGUCUUCGGAAUGAAGGUGGUUUGGUCCAGGAGAUCGGCAAGGAGAGUGGAGUCAAAUCCGAGGAAAUAUUCUUCGGACUCUUGGACUCACAAGCUGGCGAAGACCUGAGCCGGUAUACCAUUAGGCCGCUGGACCUGAAAGUUAGCAGAGAGGGCGACAGGCAAACGGUUUGCCACGGAAAGCUCUGUUGCGAAUUCUACGUUAAGACGAAAACGAUUGAUACGGAGAAUACGCCUUACGGUUUCGCCGUUUUCGACGGUAUCCGUCAAGUUGGGAAGAAUUUCGUGGGCGUGGAGGUCUGCAGCUUGGUAGCGUGCGCAACUCAUGAUAGAAAAACGUGCGAAUACGGUAUGGAGGAACAUGUCAAUGUCACUUUCGAUAAAAUCAGUAUUACUGGCAACUUUACUGGACGUCAUUCGGCCCAAUUCCCUGUCGUCUUGACGUCUCAAACGUCACUGCCAUCUGACACGUUCGCGUUCGUCGCGGCACCCGUCAACGAUGUCAAACAGGUGAAUGUUCAGUUGUCGGACGCGAGAGACAUAUUCAAGUUCGGCAUUUUAGGCCACGAUUUCUCCAAGCAAUCGCUAGACACUUUCUCUAAUGAGACCGAUACAAAAACGCGAGACAACAGUGACUUUUACGAGUAUAUAUUCAAUGAGGAAGUUGUGGAAUUCUUCGAUUCCGUGUGGAUUAAACUUAGAGUUUUGCUUUUCAUUGUGUCCGUUUACAUUUUGGAGAUGAUG